CAGAGGGGGAGAGAGAGAGAGAGCGCGAGAGAGAGAGGGGAAGAGAGAGAGAGAUAUCUCAGGUCAUCUGCAGCUGCAGCGAGUCUGAGGAGCCGAGGAAGGCAGGGAAGAUGGCGAUCCUCCAUUGCUGAGACCCGGCAGAAGCACAUGAGACUCCCAAACAACUUCCACAACAAUAACCCGAGCAGGAAGAGGAGAAAGAGAAAGAGGAUCAGGAGGCGGUGGGGCUGGAGAGCCCGAAGCACCUCCCGGCGCCGGGACGCUUCUUCUGUUCCUAAUGUGAGAGGGUAGCCCCAGAUCAUGGAGGUUCUUCAGUGUGAUGGCUGUGACUUCAGAGCCCCAUCUUACGAAGAUCUCAAGGCACACAUCCAGGAUGUCCACACCGCAUUCCUGCAGCCCACUGAUGUCGCGGAGGACAAUGAAAAUGAGCCCCGAUCCGGGUCCAUGAAUGCUGGGAAUCAGACAGAAGUGGAAUUUUCUUCAGUAAAGGAUGAAUUUGCCAUUGCGGAGGAUUUAUCAGGUCAAAAUGCAACUGCAUUGGGGACCGGAAGUUACUAUGGCCACAGUCCAGGAUAUUAUGGUCAGCAUAUUUCCCCUAAUCCCAAACCAACAAACAAGUUUUUUCAAUGCAAGUUCUGCGUACGCUACUUCAGGUCAAAAAAUCUCCUCAUAGAACACACUAGGAAGGUCCAUGGAGCUCAAGCUGAAGGGAGUUCGGCUGGACCACCUGUCCCCGGAUCCUUAAAUUAUAAUAUUAUGAUGCACGAGGGAUUUGGAAAGGUCUUCUCUUGCCAGUUUUGCACAUACAAGUCGCCAAGGAGGGCAAGAAUCUUGAAGCAUCAGAAGAUGUAUCACAAAAACAGUCUAAAGGAGACCACGGCUCCUCCACCUGAUCCUGACCCCCUGCCAGAUCCUGUGGUCCCGCCUUUGUCCCUGCAGGACCCCUGCAAGGAACUCCCAGCAGAGGUUGUAGAGCGUAGCAUCUUAGAAUCCAUGGUCAAACCUUUGACGAAGUCUCGAGGCAACUUCUGCUGUGAGUGGUGCAGCUACCAGACGCCCCGGCGAGAACGCUGGUGUGACCACAUGAUGAAGAAACACCGUAGUAUGGUCAAAAUCCUUUCCAGUCUGAGGCAGCAGCAGGAAGGGACUAAUCUACCUGAUGUGCAGAAGAAUCCUCCAAGCCCCACAUCCAACUCCAGCUACCUAUCCAUGAAUGCUGCAAGCCGGGAGAUACCCAGCACUAACGUAUCUAACUACAGGGGCUCCAUCGGCAACUCCAUCAUGAGACCCAAUUCUUCCACUUCCAAGUAUUCGCCCAUGUCUUACCCUCAGAUGAAGCCGAAGUCACCUCAUAAUUCUGGUCUCAUUAACUUAGCAGAGAGAUCGCGGUAUGGAAUGACUGACAUGACCAAUUCUUCUACUGACCUGGAAACUAACAGCAUCCUAAAUGACUCUAGUUCUGAUGAAGAAUUAAAUGAAAUAGACAGUGAGAACGGUUUGAGUGUGAUGGAUCACCAGACAUCAGGCCUGUCGGCUGAGCAGCUGAUGAGCUCAGAUGGCAACAAAUUAUUGGAGACCAAGGGGAUUCCAUUUAGAAGGUUCAUGAAUAGAUUCCAGUGCCCCUUUUGUCCUUUCCUGACCAUGCACCGGCGUAGCAUCUCCCGUCACAUAGAAAACAUCCACUUGUCUGGGAAGACCGCUGUCUACAAAUGUGACGAGUGUCCGUUUACUUGCAAGAGUUCAUUAAAACUUGGGGCUCAUAAACAGUGUCACACGGGUACAACGUCAGAUUGGGAUGCUGUGAAUUCCCAGAGUGAAUGCAUUUCUUCCUCACUGAACGAAGGCGUGGUGUCUUUCGAGAGCUCGAGCAUCAAUGGUAGAAAGUCAGGGGUCCUGUUGGACCCUUUGCAGCAACAGCAGCCGCCACAGCCACCACCACCACUACCACCACCACCACCACCACCAUCACAGCCACUACAACAGUCACAACCACCACAGCUACAGCCACCACAUCAGAUGCCCCCUCAGCCACAGCCACCACCUACCCAGCAGCCGCAGCCCCCCACGCCAGCCCCGCCUCUGCACCCUUAUAAGUGCACUAUGUGUAGUUACUCCACCACCACUCUGAAAGGGCUAAGAGUCCAUCAGCAGCACAAGCAUUCAUUCUGUGACAACUUGCCAAAAUUCGAGGGGCAGCCCUCAAGCCUACCACUGGAAAACGAGACAGACAGCCUCCCCUCUUCCAGCAACACUGUGAAGAAAAGUCAGACCUCAAUUCUUGGGUUGUCCUCCAAGAACAAUUUUGUAGCUAAAGCCUCUAGGAAGCUCGCUAAUGACUUCCCGCUUGAUUUAUCCCCUGUGAAGAAGAGAACUAGAAUUGACGAGAUAGCAAGCAACCUGCAGAGCAAGAUCAACCAAACCAAACAGCAAGAAGAUGCGGUGAUCAACGUUGAGGAUGACGAGGAGGAAGAGGAAGACAAUGAAGUGGAGAUAGAGGUCGAGCUGGACAGGGAAGAAGAGCCCACAGAAGCCAUCCUGGAGGUCCCCACUGCUUUUUCAGCCCAACAGAUUUGGGCCAGAGAUACCACUGAGCCCCAGAAAGAGCCCAACUUCCGAACUAUCGCCCACGAUUACAAUGCCACCAAUGGGGCUGAGAUUGAGCUGACCCUUUCUGAAGAUGAAGAAGAUUACUAUGGCUCCUCAACAAACAUGAAAGACCAUCAAGUCUCCAAUACUGCUUUGCUAAGUACCCCAACUCCUAUCUAUGGAACUGAGCACAGUAAUGAAAAUACAGACUUUGGUGACUCUGGAAGACUGUACUAUUGUAAACACUGUGAUUUUAACAACAAAUCUGCCCGGAGUGUUAGCACCCACUACCAGCGAAUGCACCCAUACAUUAAAUUCAGCUUUAGGUACAUCUUGGACCCAAAUGAUCACAGUGCUGUGUACAGGUGCCUGGAAUGCUACAUCGAUUACACCAACUUUGAAGAUCUCCAGCAGCAUUAUGGGGAACACCACCCCGAAGCCAUGAAUGUACUCAACUUUGAUCAUUCGGAUCUGAUCUACCGGUGUCGGUUUUGUUCCUACACGAGCCCGAAUGUUAGAAGCCUGAUGCCGCAUUACCAAAGAAUGCAUCCCACAGUGAAGAUCAACAACGCCAUGAUAUUUUCUAGCUAUGUGGUGGAGCAGCAGGAAGGGCUGAACACAGAAUCUCAGACCUUGAGGGAGAUUCUGAAUUCGGCUCCCAAGAACAUGGCGACGUCCACUCCUGUGGCUCGUGGUGGUGGUGGUGGUUUGCCCUCUCCGUUUAGUAAAAACACACCUUCAAAGACUUUUACUCCAGAAUGUGAAAACCAGAAGGACCCUGCGGUCAACACCGUUGUCGUGUAUGAUUGUGAUGUGUGCUCAUUUGCCAGUCCCAACAUGCAUUCUGUCUUGGUUCAUUAUCAGAAGAAACACCCUGAAGAAAAGGCCUCCUACUUUAGGAUCCAGAAAACCAUGCGCAUGGUGUCUGUGGACAGGGGCUCUGCCCUUUCCCAAUUAUCAUUUGAGGUGGGUGCUCCAAUGUCUCCCAAAAUGUCCAACAUGGGUUCCCCACCCCCCCCACAGCCCCCGCCACCAGACCUCAGUAUUGAGCUUUACUACUGCAAACACUGUUCCUACAGCAAUCGGUCAGUUGUGGGAGUGCUUGUUCACUACCAGAAAAGACACCCAGAAAUAAAGGUCACUGCCAAAUAUAUCAGACAGGCUCCUCCCACAGCUGCAAUGAUGAGAGGGGUCGAAGGGCCCCAAGACUCCCUUCGGCCUCCUGUCUCCAUGCAGCCGCUGAACCGGAGCAGUGCGGAGAGAGAUGGCCCUCCUGUGGAGAAUGAGAUGUUCUUUUGCCAGCAUUGUGAUUACGGGAACCGGACGGUCAAAGGUGUCCUCAUUCAUUAUCAGAAGAAGCACCGAGACUUCAAGGCCAACGCAGAUGUGAUCCGCCAGCACACAGCCACCAUCCGAAGCCUCUGCGACCGGAACCAGAAGAACUCGGCCAGUUGUGUGCUGCUUUCCCCUUCUGGUAUAGAGCGAGAUAAGACGAAGCUCCGAGCACUCAAGUGUAGGCAGUGUUCUUAUACCUCCCCCUAUUUCUAUGCACUGAGGAAGCAUAUCAAGAAAGACCACCCUGCCCUGAAGGCCACGGUCACGUCCAUCAUGCGAUGGGCGUUUCUAGAUGGCUUGAUAGAAGCUGGCUACCACUGCGAGUGGUGCAUUUACUCUCACACGGAGCCCAAUGGGCUGCUCCUGCACUACCAAAGGAGGCAUCCAGAGCAUUAUGUAGAUUAUACUUAUAUGGCGACCAAACUCUGGGCUGGGCCAGACCCAUCGUCUCCCUCUCUCGCCAUGCCAGCUGAAGCCAAAAUGUACAGAUGUAGGGACUGUGUUUUUGAAGCUGUCUCUAUCUGGGACAUCACCAGUCAUUAUCAAGCCUUUCACCCCUGGGCCAUGAAUGGUGAUGAGUCCGUGCUGCUGGAUAUUAUCAAGGAGAAAGAUGUGGUUGAGAAACCCAUCCUUCCGUCCGAAGACUUGAUAGGUCCUGUGAAUUGUGAAAACAGUCUCCCCACCCCACUCCCCGAGCAGGAAGCUGAAUGCCCAGAGGAUGCAAGACUUUCCCCAGAGAAAACCUUGCAUCUGGCUUCAGCAAACCCUGCCAUCUCCUCUACCCCGUACCAGUGCACGGUGUGCCAGUCCGAGUAUAACAACCUGCACGGGCUCCUCACGCAUUAUGGGAAGAAGCACCCUGGCAUGAAAGUGAAGGCUGCCGACUUUGCCCAGGACAUCGACAUCAACCCCGGUGCGGUCUACAAAUGCAGGCAUUGUCCAUACAUCAACACCCGCAUCCACGGCGUGCUGACCCAUUAUCAGAAGCGACACCCGGCCAUCAAGGUGACCGCUGAGGACUUUGUGCACGACGUGGAGCAGUCGACUGACCUGUCCCAGAAUGACGUGGAAGAGACGAGCAGGAUUUUCAAACAGGGGUACGGCGCCUACCGGUGUAAGCUGUGCCCCUACACGCAUGGCACCUUGGAGAAACUCAAGAUCCAUUACGAGAAGUACCACAACCAGCCAGAAUUUGAUGUCUUUUCCCCAUCGCCCCCAAAGCUGCCAGUUUCCCUUGAGCCAGAGAUAACCACUGAAGUGAGCCCCUCCCAAAUCUCCAUCACCGAGGAGGAGGUGGGAGAAGAGUCCAUGUCCACUUCUCACUUCUCUACCUCGCACCUGGUCUCCCACACUGUGUUCCGGUGCCAGCUCUGCAAGUACUUCUGCUCCACCAGGAAGGGCAUCGCCAGGCAUUACCGGAUCAAGCACAACAAUGUCCGUGCCCAGCCAGAGGGCAAGAACAACCUCUUCAAGUGUGCCCUGUGUGCCUACACCAACCCUAUCCGUAAAGGGCUGGCUGCCCACUACCAGAAGCGCCACGACAUCGAUGCCUACUACACCCACUGCCUGGCAGCCUCCCGGACCAUCAGUGACAAGCCCAACAAGGUGAUCAUCCCAUCGCCACCCAAAGAUGACUCCCCACAGCUGAGCGAGGAACUCCGGCGGGCAGUGGAGAAGAAAAAGUGCUCCUUGUGCUCCUUCCAGUCGUUCAGCAAGAAGGGCAUCGUGUCCCAUUAUAUGAAGCGUCAUCCGGGAGUGUUCCCAAAGAAGCAGCAUGCCAGCAAGUUGGGAGGCUACUUCACAGCUGUGUAUGCGGACGAACACGAGAAGCCCCCGCUGAUGGAAGAGGAGGAGAGAGGCAGCUUUGAGAAAGCCGAGGUGGAGGGCGAAGCUCAGGAAAUCGAGUGGCUCCCGUUUCGCUGUAUCAAAUGCUUCAAGCUGUCCUUCAGCACGGCCGAGCUGCUGUGCAUGCAUUACACCGAUCACCACAGCCGGGACCUGAAGAGGGACUUCGUCAUUCUAAGCAAUGCCCCCUGCCUGCAGAAUGCUACCUACCAGUGUAAGCACUGUGAUAGCAAAUUGCAAAGCAUAGCAGAGCUGACCUCACAUUUGAACAUUCACAAUGAGGAAUUCCAGAAGCGUGCCAAACGCCAGGAGAGGAGGAAACAGCUUUUGAGCAAGCAGAAAUAUGCAGAUGGUGCUUUUGCAGAUUUCAAACAAGAGAGGCCUUUUGGUCAUUUAGAAGAGGUGCCAAAGAUCAAGGAGAGGAAAGUGGUGGGCUACAAGUGUAAAUUCUGUGUGGAAGUGCACCCAACGCUCCGAGCCAUCUGCAAUCACCUACGGAAGCACGUCCAGUAUGGCAGCGUCCCGGCCGUGAAGGAGGCUGAAGACCCUUCCCAUUUGUUCCUGGAUGGAUUGGAAGCAGCCAAAGAUGCCAGUGGCGCCCUGGGGCUGCGUUCUCAUGAGAGGAGCCAUCUGGCCCUGGCCAUGUUUACCCGAGAGGACAAGUACAGCUGCCAGUAUUGUUCCUUUGUUUCUGCUUUCAGGCACAAUUUGGAUCGCCAUAUGCAGACCCACCACGGACACCAUAAACCAUUCCGCUGCAAACUCUGCUCCUUCAAGUCCUCCUACAAUAGCCGGCUGAAAACGCACAUACUCAAAGCUCAUGCUGGUGAACAUGCCUACAAGUGUUCUUGGUGCUCAUUCUCUACCAUGACCAUCAGCCAGUUGAAGGAACAUUCCCUCAAAGUCCACGGAAAAUCCCUGACCCUCCCCCGGCCACGGAUUGUCAGUCUCCUCUCCUCACAUGCCCACCACUCCUCACAAAAGACUACCCCAGCUGAAGAAGUAGAAGACUCCAAUGACUCUUCCUACUCCGAACCCCCUGAUGUCCAGCAGCAGCUGAACCACUAUCAGUCAGCUGCUUUGGCGAGAAACAACAGCAGGGUUAGCCCUGUGUCUCUUUCUGGGGCUGCUGCUGGCUCCGAGCAGAAAAGCGAAGCUGUUCUUCACUGCGAAUUCUGUGAAUUCUCCUCUGGCUACAUCCAGAGCAUCAGGCGCCACUACCGGGAUAAGCAUGGCGGGAAGAAGCUUUUCAAGUGCAAAGACUGCACCUUUUACACAGGCUUUAAAUCUGCUUUUACUAUGCACGUGGAAGCUGGGCAUUCAGCCGUUCCUGAGGAGGGUCCCAAAGAUCUCCGCUGUCCUCUCUGCCUCUAUCACACCAAAUACAAGCGCAACAUGAUCGACCACAUCGUGCUGCACCGAGAAGAGCGAGUUGUCCCCAUUGAAGUAUGCCGGUCCAAACUGUCAAAAUACUUGCAGGGAGUAGUGUUCCGCUGUGAUAAGUGCACUUUCACCUGCUCCAGCGACGAGAGCCUGCAGCAGCACAUCGAGAAGCACAAUGAGCUGAAACCUUACAAAUGCCAGCUCUGCUACUAUGAGAGCAAGCACACCGAGGAGCUGGAUGGGCACCUUCGGGAUGAGCAUAAGGUAAGCCGUAACUUUGAGCUUGUUGGACGGGUUAACUUGGAUCAGCUGGAACAGAUGAAGGAAAAAAUGGAGAGUUCCAGCAGCGACGAUGAGGACAAGGACGACGAAAUGAGCAGCAAGGCUGAAGACAGAGAGCUGAUGGGAUUCUCAGACCAUGGAGUGCCUGUGAACAGCGAGAAGCGUUUUCCAUGUGAAUUCUGUGGACGGGCAUUUUCACAGGGCUCUGAGUGGGAGAGACAUGUGCUGAGACAUGGCAUGGCAUUGAAUGACACCAAGCAAAUAAGCAGAGAAGAGGUGCACCCAAAAGAAAUGAUGGAGGACAUGCUGAAGAUACCUAUCUCCAUGGAGGAGAAGGAAGACGAUGAGCCAAUUGGGAUAGACUUUUCCCUAAAGAGUGAAACGGUAGCCAUCUGUGUCGUAACUGCCGACAAAUCUCUCCUGGAGGAUGCAGAGGCCAAAAACGAAUAAGAGUUUUGUUGAAAUUCUUCAUCAAACCUGACUUAACCCAUGAUGAGAAAGUGGGAGGGCUGGCAUGGGCUGAGAAGGGAGGGACAGAAAAAAAUAAAGAAAUAAAGAAAGAGAGAAGACAGAACAAAGCUGCUUUUUAGGGACUGAACAAUCUAUUUUCAAAGCACUGGUACCUGUGUGAGUGAGUAUGUAAAUUAAAGUUAUUUAAAUGGUUGGAAUAUGUGGCUCCUUUUCCAUCACUCCAUCUUUUUCUUCUGGAUCUUCACCAUGGAAGUUUCCUCCGCUGCGGAUGUGGGAAUACCUUCUGUGGGCACGGUGCGUUCCAUGGUCCCCUUGGACAGUCUACGGAAAUACACGCUCCGGGACAGUGGAAGACGUCUCCAAGGGGAACAACUUUUUGACGCACAACUUUCUGUGCGUUUUUCUAGUUUUAAUACCUUAAGCUUUUUCAAGACCUAACUGCAGCCGCUUUGGGGAAAAUAAUAAUAAUAAUAAUAACAAGACAAAAAAAUAAAAACCAGAAAACAAAAAAAGAACUGCUUUGCAUAAAACAGUCACCUGUUUCCUAGUACCUCAAACUUAACCAAGGGAAUUCUCUGCAUUUCUCAGUACUACCUGUCGUCCUGUGGCUAAAUGUAGAGAGAACUGCUGGGCAAGAUGGUGAAUGGAGGGGGAAAUAAAAAGAGUUUUAAAGAAAGGAACACAAAUUGUGCUUAAAAUCCCCGUGUGGGUUUUAUUUCUUAAAAUACUGUGAUUUUUUUAAUUAUUUUAGUAAAAAACAGAACAAAACAAAAAAACAGAAACAGACUUUAAUUAUUAGAUCACUGUUUGUGAAUGGUCAUCCUUACUCCAGGUAAGCUGUUUAUUCGUGUUCAACUAUAAUUUAGAUUUCAGUAGCUUCAUGUGAACUAAUUUUAAGGUGAUGGUGGCAUUUUGUUUGCCACCUGUUUAUUUUCUAUCCAGUUGAGUGUUACAAACACAGCACAAUUAAGUUUUUUUUUCAUUACUUGUUUGUGUGUGUAUGUGUAUGUGUGUGUUGUUUGUUACUAUUUUAAUUCCAGGGCAAGGGAGAUUUAGUUUCUUUGUGAAUAGGAAUGUUUUUAUUUUAAACAUGGAAAUAACAACAUAAAAAAGUUAACCUCUUUUGUUUUUCUUUUUAAUUUAAUGAUAGAACCAAACUUUCAGCACAGCUAUACCAUCUAUAGGCCAGGCAAAGAGGUCCUCUUUUGUUGUUUAUCAAAUUAACACCUUAUUUGUCUCACAUCCAUAAUUUCUUAGGAUGGCUGACUUUUGUUUGUAUUGUAUUUUGUAGGGGUUACUCAUUUGUUUGGGGGACCGAGGGGGACAUGCUAGAGUCUCUUCCCUUUGGCGAGAGUGGACAAGAAAUGAUAAACUACAAGGAGCCUGGAGAACUACUUUUUUGAUUUGUUGUUUUUGUUUUUAAAUUUAGUUGUCAGCUGCUCUGUUUCCUUGUAUUCACUUUUUCUGGAGGAAGCAGCUUAAACUAAAGCUAAGCCUACAUUUAUAAUAUGUUCUGAUUGUGAACAAAAGAGUUUCGUUCCAAAAAGUAGGAAAGAACUUUUCUUAAACCCUAGGUUUUAGAAGCUGGUGUGUGAGCUUGUGUGUGUUUGUGUGUGUGUGUGUGCGCGCGCGCGUUUGUAUGCAUGCACAUGUGUGUGCCAAUGUGUUCACACACGUGCAUGUAUGAGUCUUGGUUUUCAUGAUUUUGGUGGUGUUUUUUUUUUUUUAACUUGGAAUGGGAGGGGGAGGGAAGGGAAGGAAGGGCAGGGGAUGACCAUGUCCCACACAGCUUCAAAAAAAUCCAUGGAAGAUGUUGCAUUUGUGGAAUGAUUGCUUACUUGAAAAGCAUGUUCUUUAUUUUCUUGCUGUUAAGAAUUUUUAUUUGUAGAUUUAAUUUAAUUUUUUUCCCUUAGGGAUGAGGGGCCAUCAUAUGGAAAUCAGAAAAAGGGAAGUGUGAACUCUAGACAAAGAUUCAUGAUUCAUUUUUGUGUCCGUAUUUGUUUUUAAUUGGCCUCAUUUCAAAUGUGCUAAACAGUUUCAUACCUGGAUUGGGUGUUUGUAAUGGCUACCAAAAAAAAAAAAA